CUGCCUCAGCCUCCCGAGUAGCCAGGAUUACAGAAAUAGAAGAUGCAUGGAAUAUUAUUAAUAGUGUCUGCGAUGGGAAAGUUGACAUUGAAGACCUUUUAUCCACUUUGAAGAGCCUGGAGAAACCUUUAGAUGAAGAACAAUUUAAGGUCUUAUCAAACAGUGCAACAGAUGGGAAGGUUGAUAUAAAAAACCUGAAGACUGUUCUAGACAACAUGGGAAUCAAGCUCACAGAUAAAGAACUUGAAGAUCUGACACAAAGCCUGCCAGUCGGUGCUGAUAAUAAAGUGGCUCUGAAAGCAUUGGAGGAUGAAGUGAAAGCUUUUACUGAAAGAAAAGUGAUCUUAAAAGAUGUAAUUGAUGUUUUCACUAAUUCACCUAAACCAUCCACACCAUUCAACAAUUUAUUUAAAGAGAUUAAAACUCUUGAUAGUAUCAGAAAUGAUACAAUGCCUGUAAAUGAACUGAGCUCCAAACUUUUGAGUGCCGGAAUUCCAGUAAGCAACAAGACAUUCCAAGAGAUCUUGAGACAAGCAUCUGUUGAUGAAAAUAAUAAUGUAAGUCUCAAGAAAAUUUUGGAGAAUUUGAACACAAGUAAGCCAACUUCUGUAUUUGAAGAUAUAGACACUGCCCUCAGUACUGUCAGCUUGAUGAACUGUGACAGAGUUCAAGUUAGUGACUUGAAAAAUGCUUUUGAGGACCUCAAUAUUUCUUUAAAGCCUGAAGAACAUCAGAUGUUAGUGAAAACCCUUGACGCUGAUGAAAAGGGAGACACUUCCCUAAAGAGUGCCAUUUUAGCAUUGAAAAGCAAUAGGCGUUUACAAGAUUUUAGAGAGGUUAACAAACUUGCAAAGGCCUUAGACAAAGUCACCAAUGAAAAACUUGAUGCUGAUGAUGUAAAUUCUGUACUGAAAGGCCUGGGGAUUUAUUUUCCAGAGGAAGAAUUACAGGAGGUGCUUGGAUCCGUUUGUGUUGAUAAAGAGGGGAAAGUGAACUUGAAAGAUUGCCUGAGUCAGUUGAUGCAAACGCCGUAUUUUACUAAAGCUUCAAAAACAGAAGACUCCUUGAAAGUUCUGGCCUCCAUUAAGAAAAACGUGGCAAACCCUGAUGACCUAGACUUCAUGUUGAAAACUGUAGGAGUUCCAUUACCCCAAGAUGUGAUUCAAAGAGCACUGAAGAAUGUGGCUCCCAGGGAGGAUGGGACAGUGAAUUUACAAGAGUUUAUGAGCAAUUUGGUCAAUUCAGGAUUUUCAUCUCUUCCUGAAAGUAAGAAUUUUCAGUUGAAUGGAGAUAUAUAAUGACAUGUGCUAUAGAUCUCUUGGAAAAACCCCAGAUAGGCUUUUGAGAUGGUUUUAAACUUAUUUAACACUAGCAUCAUUUUCUAAUGCCUUUACAUGUCUAAUGGGUAGCACAACUGGAAAAGACUAUAAUCUAGGCUGGGCGCGGUGGCUCACGCCUAUAAUCC